AUGCCGAAAGAGGAUCUAGAAGAGCUUCGAAAGGGCCCAGGUGUCAAGGAUCGCUUCCAUGAGAGGAUAGAAGCUAAUGAAAAUGUUGUUAAAACGUGGGACAGCAGUGAGCUUGAUACCUCAGGAGUAGCUGAUGCCCGCCGAUCAUUUCUGGAAGGGUCGGCCUUUCAAUCCGGACCGGUGGAAAAAACUGCUGCUGAGCUUGAGGAGCUUGAAUUCAAAAGUUUGCACUACUUUUGA